UCGAGGUUUCGGGUAUGGGAUUAUCGCAUUUGUUUGAGUACUACAUUGUCACUCGAGCCAAACACUGAUCGGAAAAUUUUUAUUUUUUUAAGUAGUUAGCACGAGAGACGACCGUGUCUGUUCUUCCCCAUUUGGACUUGAUCAUCCAACAUCUCUGGACAUCUUUUUAGAUUCUUCUGUAAUUCAAAACCCAGAAUGGGUUUAUUGGAAUCAAUAAGUUCAAUUGAUUGGGAGCACGAAUCAUAUCCACAAUAUAAUGAUUUCAGAGUUCUUCCAUUUUUUGCUUUGUUUUUUCCAGCAGUUCGGUUCUUUCUCGACAGAAACGUCUUCGAGAAAUUGGCAAGACGACUCAUCCUUGGAAAGGGGAAUCAGAUAGUGGAUGCUCAGGUAGAAGAGAGGAGGAAGAAGCUCAAGAAAUUUAAGGAGUCAGCAUGGAAAUGUGUUUAUUUUCUUUCAGCAGAGAUUUUUGCUCUGGCUGUUACGUAUAAUGAGCCCUGGUUCACUAAUACCAGAUAUUUUUGGGUAGGGCCUGGAGAUCAAGUUUGGCCUGAUCAAAAGAUCAAAUUGAAAUUGAAGGGCUUGUACAUGUAUGCUGCCGGAUUUUACACAUACUCGAUAUUUGCUCUGAUUUUCUGGGAAACAAGACGUUCAGACUUUGGGGUGUCAAUGGCUCAUCAUGUUACAUCUGUUAUUCUCAUUGUGUUAUCUUAUAUACUCAGCUUUGCUCGUGUUGGUUCAGUUGUUUUAGCUCUUCAUGAUGCAAGUGAUGUGUUUUUGGAAGUUGGAAAGAUGUCCAAAUAUAGUGGCUGGGAAAGGAUUGCUAGCAUUUCUUUCAUUAUUUUUGUCUUGCAAUGGAUCAUACUUCGCCUCAUAUACUAUCCAUUCUGGAUACUUCGGAGUACAAGCUAUGAAGUUUUACUAACAUUUGACAAGGAGAAACACAAGAAAGAGGGCCCCAUCUACUAUUAUGUGUUCAAUUCUCUCCUAUUUUCUUUGCUAGUUCUUCAUAUUUAUUGGUGGAUAUUGAUGUUCCGGAUGCUUGUAAAACAAAUCCAAGCCAGAGGCCAGAUUAGUGAAGAUGUUCGAUCUGAUUCUGAAAACGAUAAUGAACAUGAUGAUUGAGACCCAAACAGGAUUGGUGGAUAGUCAAAUGUGCCUAAAAGUUCUCAUCAGAAGUCCUUUGAAGGAAGCUCAUAUCUUUGAGAAGACGUGGAAGCACAUUGGUAUCGUUAGGAACUAAGUGAUUUUUUUUUUUAUUUCUUUUCUUUGGGGGUGGGGGAAUUUUUUCAUGGUACUUAGUUUUUGUCGGCACAAUUGACUACCUAGGUAUUAGUUGUAAGGAAACUUGAAUUUGUAACACUUUGUUGUACUAGGCUUCGACAGAGAGCCCAACUUUGUGGGGGAUCUAGAUUGGUCUGGGUUUUGAUUUGCACGUAUCACUCCAUUUAAUUGUAAAUGAGGGCAUUACAGUUUAGUGUAUUUAAAAUGGUCUCAGUGGACGAUCUAGAUUGUUUAUUUAUUUAUA